AAAUUUUAAUAUGUGCGGAAUUGAGGUUGUUACAAUGCCGCACUCUCCAACUGCCAGUAAUGAAUUUUCUACGGUAAGAGAUGAAGCAAAAAGAGGAGAACGAAUUCGAAAGUGUCCAAAGCACCUCACAGAUUAUGAGAUUGACUUGCCCCCUUCGCUGGACCAUUCACGGAUUGCCAACCAUUCAGCCAACUCGACGGGAUUCAGUAAAAAUGGUGAUACCCGUGUUUGCAAAUUACAAAAAUCUCUAUACGGAUUGUGCCAAGCCUCCCGCAAUUGGUAUCAAAAAUUUACUGAAGCCCUCACAGGAAUAGGUUUUCAUCAGUCAAGGGCCGAUCACUCACUAUUCAUUUUUCGACAGGGCGCCAUUGACACUUUCGCUCUUAUCUACGUUGAUGAUGUCCUACUAGCUGGAAAUGAUACCUCUCAUAUUUCCACUGUGAAAGAAUACUUGGACAAAAAUUUUAGCAUCAAGGAUUUGGGAAAGUUAAAAUAUUUCCUUGGCAUUGAAGUUGCUCGUUCUCCAGAGAGUUUUGUUUUAAGUCAAAGAAAGUAUACUCUUGACAUCUUGGAGGAAAGUGGAUUCCUAGCCAGCCGACCUAGCUCUUUUCCCAUGGAACAAAAUCUGAAACUUCGCCCAGACGAUGGUAGCACACCAGUAAAUGCCCCUUCAUAUCGCCGUCUUAUUGGGCGCUUAUUGUAUCUUACAAUAACUCGUCCAGAUAUUGUGUACUCUGUCAGUCAGCUCAGUCAAUUUUUAAGUAAUCCACUCCAAACUCAUCUUGAUGCAGCCAUACGUGUCCUCCGUUACUUAAAGCAAACACCUGGCCAGAGAAUAUUCAUAUCAUCUGAUACUGACCUCACCUUGAAGGGAUUUUGUGAUGCGGACUGGGCAGGGUGUUCCUUCACUCGACGUUCUAGCACUGGAUUUUUUAUCACUCUUGGUAAUUCACCCAUAUCUUGGCGAACAAAGAAACAAUCUGUAGUCUCUCGUUCUUCCGCUGAAGCAGAAUAUCGCGCCAUGGCCGUCACAGUUAGUGAAAUAAUAUGGCUACGGUGGUUACUACGAGAUUUUACAAUUAUUCUAAAAGGACCUACGCCCCUUUACUGUGACAAUCAAGCGGCACGUCAAAUUGCACUCAACCCAGUUUUUCAUGAGCGUACAAAACAUGUUGAGAUGGACUGCUAUUUUGUACGAGAGAGAGUUGCUAGUAGUGAAAUUCAGCCAGUUUCAAUAUCCACAAAUCAUCAAGUGGCUGACAUAUUCAUCAAAGCUCUUGGUACACAUCGAUUUCAGUUUCUUCGAAGCAAGUUGGGUGUUCGCAAUCUUCACACUCCACCUUGAGAGGGAGUGUUGAAAUAUUUACGUAAUUAUUAUUUUGAAUUAUUUCAUAUGUAAUGUUCCUGUUAGUGUAAGCAUGUUUACAUGGGUUACAUGCUUUGCAUGGCC